GCUCUUACGUCGGGUGUCAUUUGUACACACAAGGGCGAGCGGCAGGCGGCAUUCGGAAUGUGAGGAGUGCGUCUGCUGGAGACAAGCCGCCUACCUGGGAGCGGAGUAGAGGAGCGCAUAGGGGUCACCCUGAAGUGAGAGGCUCUCCUUAGAUAAGCACCUGUCUGUUGUUCCACAAAUAUCGCCUUUUUCUUUUUUUGGGACAGGACGUUAUGUCAGCAGCUCUUUUCAUUAACUUGUUGCGAUCCCACGGAUAUCAAAUAAGAAGGCGAGCACUACUGACCUCCAGAAUCUUACAAGAGGACAAGCGUCUGUUUCAUUACAGUUCGAGUCCUGAACUCCGUUCCUCCCGGUUUGACCCCGACGGCAGUGGUCGUCCCACCACCUGGGACACAUUUGGAAUAUGGGACAACCGCAUCGAUGAGCCAAUUCAUCUCCCAUCCAGCAUCAAGUAUGGUAAACCCAUCCCAAAGGUGAGCCUGUCCAGGGUGGGCAGUGCCUCCCAGAUCGGCAAGCGCAAGGAGAAUGAGGAUCGCUUCAAAGUCGCUCAGAUGACCGAGAACAUCCUCUACUUUGCAGUUUUCGACGGACAUGGUGGAGCUGUGGCUGCUGACUUCUGUGACAAGUACAUGGAAAAAUAUAUUACUGAUUUCUUGAAAGAAGAGGAAAACUUGGAAUUAGUGUUAACCAAGGCAUUCUUGGAACUAGAUAAAAACUUAGAAAAGCACAUUCAGUCAUCUGGAAAUGCUUCCUUGCUGAGUGCGGGCACUACCGCCACCGUGGCACUGCUGCGUGAUGGAGUCGAGCUGGUGGUGGCCAGCGUGGGCGACAGCCGGGCGCUGCUCUGCCGGAAAGGGAAGGCCCACAAGCUGACAGUGGAUCACACCCCAGAGCGUAAAGAUGAAAAAGACAGAAUUAAGAAGAGUGGUGGCUUUGUGGCUUGGAACAGUCUCGGUCAGCCUCAUGUGAAUGGCCGGCUAGCCAUGACACGGAGCAUAGGAGACUUUGACCUGAAGCGCAUCGGAGUCAUCGCUGAGCCAGAGACCAAGAGGAUUAACCUCCAUCACGUGUACGACUCUUUCCUGGCGCUGACUACCGAUGGUGUCAACUUUAUCAUGAACAGCCAGGAGAUUUGUGACGUGAUCAAUCAGUGCCAUGACCCCCUGGAAGCUGCCCAGGUGAUCUCUGAACAGGCUCUCCAGUACGGCUCAGAAGACAACAGCACUAUCAUCAUCGUUCCUUUUGGUGCCUGGGGAAAGCACAAAAGCUCGGAUGUGAACUUUUCAUUCAGCCGAAGCUUCGUCUCCAGCGGCCGAUGGGCAUAACGUGGAGAUAACUAGGAAUCGCCAAUGUGCAAUAAGGGAAAAAAA